AUGGAGAGGAUUCAAGUCGGAGUAGCGGCAAUGGACCGCAAAGCUCGCUCGAAACCCAUGCAGAACAUCCUCAAUCGACUCAUCAGUACGAAAGAAUUCGACGUUACCAUCUUUGGCGAAAAAGUGAUUCUCGACGAACCUGUUCAGGAUUGGCCUAUGGUGGAUGUUCUGAUUUCUUUCUUCUCCACGGGCUUCCCACUGGAUAAAGCGAUCUCCUAUGCCGACUUACGCAAGCCUGUUCUUGUCAACGAUCUUCGUCUGCAACAGGUGCUGUGGGAUCGAAGAGCCGUGCUUUCUGUCUUGGACAGUGUCGGUGUAGCCACUCCCAGGCGUUUGCAGGUUGAUAGGGAUGGCGGACCUGAUCUCGAGGAUAGCAUUCUCCAGGAUUUAAAGACUAGAGUAGGCGCGGAUUUGAACAAGGAUAGAGAGCCCAAACAGUGUAGGCUGGAUGAUUAUGAUCACUUGUCCAUCGGUGGGCAAAAGAUUUCCAAGCCUUUUGUGGAGAAGCCGGUUUCGGGGGAGGAUCAUAAUAUUCAUAUCUAUUUUGCUAAGGCCAGAGGUGGCGGUGGUCGAAGGUUGUUCCGUAAAGUCGGCAACAAAUCGUCUGAAUACGAUCCCAAUCUGGUCGAGCCACGCACUGAUGGCUCGUACAUCUAUGAGCAGUUUAUGGACGUAGACAAUGCCGAAGAUAUCAAAGUCUAUACGAUCGGUCCACACUUUGUUCAUGCUGAAACACGCAAGUCCCCCGUAGUCGACGGUGUGGUCAAGCGAAACCCAGAUGGAAAGGAGAUUCGCUACAUUACCAAACUCAGCGAUGAAGAGGUCAAGAUGGCAACGGCCAUUUCGAAAGCGUUCAAGCAGAACAUUUGCGGAUUCGAUCUGUUGCGAGUUGGUGGCAAGAGUUAUGUGAUUGACGUUAACGGAUGGAGUUUUGUCAAAGGUAAUGACUUUUACUAUGACAAAUGUGCCGAGAUCUUAGGUCGCUUCUGCAAGGCGAAUGUUGUGAGACGAGCGAUUGGCAGUGGAGUUAGUGGAUGCGGUAGUUCAAGUCCUAGGGAGAGGGAGAGGUCUACUUGGAACUUGAAGGCUUCCGUCACUGUUUUCAGGCAUGGUGAUCGAACACCGAAGCAGAAGCUAAAGAGGUCCUUUAAGCCUUCCGAGACUUGGGCUGCUCCGCUUAUUGCCCUCUUACAAGGUCGCAGGGAGGAGAUCAUCCUUCGCACCCAACUCGAGCUCGUUUCUACAGCUGCAUCCGAAGCUCUCGCUCUUCCCGGUGCAAAUAGGCAAGACCUGGAAUUGAUCAUGCAACUCAUCAACCGCAAAAAGGACAUGCCGGGAACGAAAGUUCAAAUCAAACCCAGCUUCGACAAGGGAUCAGGCGAUCUGUGUAAGAUGCAACUCAUCAUCAAAUGGGGUGGUGAGUUCUCCCAUGCUGCCCGCCACCAGGCCAAGGACUUUGGUAAUAACAUGAGGAAGGAUAUGAUCAUUAUGAAUGCCGAUGCGCUAUCCAACUGCACCGUCUAUACUUCUUCUGAGCGCAGGGUUACUGCUUCAGCCGAGAUCUUUGCCGCUGCCUUUUUGGACGAGUCGAGCGGGGAGAAGGAGAUGAUCAUCCGUAAAGACUUGUUGGAUGAUUCGAAUGCGGCCAAGGAUGUGAUGGAUGUGGUUAAGCAGAAGCUCAAAGCUAGUCUCAGGCCUGAUAGUGCGGAAGCGAACAGGGUGCCCGAGGAUUGGCCCGAGGAUCUUCCACCACCGGCAAAGUUAGCUUUGGAGAUCGCAAGGCUGUUAGGCAAAUUGCGCGAGCUUAUGCGACAGAACUACAAGACGUUGGGUAAAGGAAUUGAGAGGAUCCAAACGAGGUGGUGUACUCACGAAACACCGCAGUUGUUCAGGGAAAGGUGGGAGAAGCUGUUUAACGAUUUCGAAGAGGAUCCACAUGACCCCUCUCGAUCAUCCGAGCUAUAUGAUAUGCUGUCUCACGAUGGACUGCACAACCGGCAGUUUGUCGAGGCAGUAUUCGCCGACCCGGCCGUGAGGGAGGAAGAGGUGGACCAACGUCUGAUCCACCUGCACGACCUAUACCGCAAAGCGUUGGCUCUAUUCUCCUUCAUCUGUCCACGCGAGUACGGUAUUACAGCGGAAGAAAAGGAAGAGAUCGGAUUCCUAACUUCAAUGCCUCUCCUCAAGAACAUCGUUGAAGAUCUCAAGGGCAGCAAAGAAAGCAAAGGCAUUUGCAGUCUUUACUUUACCAAAGAGUCUCAUAUCCACACAUUGCUCAACCUUGUUUUGGCUUCGGAACUCAACGUUGUGAUGGCCAAGAGUCCACCGUUGGACUACUUUGCAAGUAUCACUUUCGAAGUCUACGAGCGAAACUCGAACACGGCUGCUUCAAGUGCUUCUUGGAUUGCGCCGGGAAGCGCUAGUAAUAGUCUGCACAAGAGUCCAUCGACCUCUUCUCUUGCAACUAGUCGUGCAAGUCAGGGGCAACAACAGUAUUCGCUCCUCAUCAGCGUUUCCGAAGGUGCUCAUUCGAGUAAUAUCCUCAGUAUCAACUUGGAUGCUAGACACGCCCUCACUCCGUUGCCAAGACGGCCACUGACGACGCAUAUGGACUUUGACCAAGCAAUGAGCAAGUUGGAGGCGCACAGCAGCCGUGAUAGCAGGGUAGAGAGGGGCAUGGUCGAGGGUUCGACCGUCUUCUUUGGUCAAGAGGAUCCAGAUCGUCAGUUUAUGCCAAUCAAGAAUCGAAGGGAUAGCGUGGAUACUGAUCGAAGCUCUGUUCGACAGGGAUAA